UGAUAGACAUUUCAAUUCAGUCAUAUCUCUCUAUGACUCAGAGUCAUUGUGGCACUAAAGAUAUGCAAGUCUCCGCAGUUUCGCUCGUGCAWGGAGCAGGCGCUGAAUUUGCUGGUUACAUUUUCCUGGAAUCGGUGUUGCUGAAUUAUCAGAUAGCUGCCCUGUCCUCAGUGUUUGUUUUGGUUGUCAGCUGAAAGAAAGAUGUCUGCAACGGAGGACGACACUGAGUUGCGGGAUCUUUUGAUCCAAACCUUAGAAAACAAUGGGGUGUUGAAUAAACUAAAGGCAGAAAUGCGUGCUGCUGUCUUCCUGGCCAUGGAUGAACAAGCUAGAGUGGAGAAUAAAACUCCACUUGUCAAUGAAAACUUGAAGAAAUGUCUUAAUACACAGGAUGGAYGCCUGGUGGCCAGCCUUAUCAUAGACUUCCUGCAGGUGUUCCACAUAGACUUCACGCUUGCUGUCUUCCAGCCAGAGAUCAACUCACUAAAUGGCCUGGGCAGCCGUGAGCAGGUGUCUCGUGAUCUGGGUAUCACUGAGACUGAUAUGAAUAGGACCACUCCUCUGCUGCUUGAGCUUGUCAAGAGAGGCAGACACAGGGAGAAGGCCUCCAUCUUCUCAGCGGAACUAUCCCCCAGGCAAAUAGCAGAUGCUCGGCAGAAGUUUGACAGUUAUGACAAGGACAGAACUGAUGGGAUAUGCAAAGAGGAUUUGGAAGCUCUGUUCGGAGAUUUCUUUCCCAACUUCAACAAGAACAUGCUGGAGAGGUUCGUCACUGAUGAGCUCCGAGCUGGAGACAAAGCCUCCAGUAAAUCUAGUGACUUCCAAGAGUUUCUGGGCUUGUACAGGCGCUUCUUCAGUCAGUGUCGAAGUGUGAUCACCCAUGACACCAGUGAUGUCAUUCACAAUCCCAGUGGAUUUGUUGAGAAGAUGAGCCCUUCACCGGCGAGUAAGAUCCCCAGGUUUAAAGGACAUAAGAACAGUGCGCAGGAGGAGAAGGCUGACGCCAAGGUAAACUGCAAGGGCGAGGAGGUCAGCCACAGUGACACCAGUCUGAACUUCGUCUCUCUAAAGGGUAAAGGUCAGGGUCACGUGGUGUCGAGGCACAGCGAGGCGUCCGGGGACAACGGCAACGCCCCCGUGGCGAGCCUGAAGAAGGGUCUCGAGGUGGAGGAGCACGCAGACGAGAGCAACUCGUUCUUUGACGACCCUCUGCCUAAACCACGGAAAACCUAUGGCUGGAGAGCAGCAGAUUUGGGGAGGGGAGUGGGCAGCAGCACCCUGGCCUCCUUUUUGGACCCGGCCACACAGCGGAGUGCUGCAGGUGGGGGGUCCCACUCAGGAGAAUCCCACCACAGAGACCUCUCAGGCAGCAGGAACGAUGAUGACGUUGACUGUGAUGAUGACUUUAACAGCCAUCGAUCAGAUAUCUCUAAGCGUGAGGUGAGCAUUGGAGAAGAGAUCGAGGAGGUUUCCGUCGAGGGACUUGACAACAGCAAUAAGCCUAUCUAUCCCCCCCAUCAGUUCGAUGAGAUCACUCAGGACUGACUACAUGGAGGAGGUGGCAUGACAGUCCAUCAGCCUUAUACCACACAGGCCAUUUCUACUAUGUUAACUAUUAUUUAUGUUGUGUGUACCAGWKGAGGCUGGUGGGAGGAGCUAUGUGAGGAUGGGCUCAUUGUAAUGGUUGCAAUGGUAUCUUUGGAAAGGAGUUAAACGUGUUUUGACUCCGUUCCAUUAAUUCCAUCCCAGCCAUUACAAUGAGCCAAUCCUCCUAUAGCUCCUCCCACCAGCCUCCUAUGGCGUGUACACAGACCUAAUAAAAUGACCCCUUACUCAGA